GGGAAUGAUGGCGACUACCAAACGAAUUCCCACGGAGUCAGUUUAACGUCUGUCACUGACAAACCGAACUCGACAAUGGAAGGAAAUGUUUUCCCCGAUCAAGAACAGCUUCUACAAUUUCUGAAAAAGCUGAAAGAGGUGUUCGACGUAUGCGACGAGGACGCAGAUGGUUACAUUCGGGUUGAACACUUCGUGGACCUCGGUCUUCAGUUCGGGCAAGGAGAUGAGGUGAAGAAGUUGACCAAGUAUCUGGAUCCUAAUGCACACGGACGGAUCAACUUCAAAGACUUCUGCCAUGGAGUUUUCGCCAUCAAAGGAUGCGAGGAGAUCCUGAAGACAGCUCUCGGCCCAUGCAGUGUGCCCUCCCCAGCCCUAUGAGACAGACAAUGCUACAUCUACCAGCACGGUGAAGCCAGAAGGGGCCCUCCUCCCGUCAUCAUGUGCACGCGGCCCUACCCAGACUGCUCCGUGUUCCGGGCGAGCGGCAGAGAUGCCGAGUGCGACAUGGACAGCGCCGCGGAGAACGGCGCGGGCUCGGACUCCUCGGACGGCGGCCGUGGCGACAGUCCGGGCCAGCUGAUUGGCUCAGCCUCUGCGUCCGUCAUCUCGGGGGAGGAGCAGUUUGAGGACUACGGCGAGGGGGAGGACGUGGACUUCACUCCCAGCAGCCCCUGCCCCGACGAUGACACGCGCACCAAUGGCUUCUCGGAUCUGGGCUCCUCCCUGCCUUCCAGUGCGGGCCAGACCCCUCAGAAGAUGCGUCACCUGUACAACACUGAGCUGUUGGACAUCUACUGCUCCCAGUGCUGCAAGAAGGUCAACCUGCUCAACGACCUGGAGGCCAGGCUCAAGAACCUGAAAGCCAACAGCCCCAACAGGAAGAUCUCCAGCACGGCCUUUGGACGUCAGCUGUUCCAGCACAACCACAGUGCUUUCAGCUCCAGCCAGGGCAGCACUGAGGACUUGUUUAGAGACAGCAUCGACUCCUGCGACGUGGACAUCACUGAGAAGGUGAGCUACUUGGAGAAGAAAGUGACUGAGCUGGAGAACGACAGCCUAGCCAACGGGGACCUUAAGUCUAAACUCAAACAUGAGAACACCCAGCUGGUUCACAGGGUCCAUGAGCUGGAGGAGCAGAUGAAGGACCAGGAGACGCGGGCGGAGCAGACUCUGGAGGAGGAGCUGAGGAGACACAGAGAGGCCUUCAGCAAGAUGGAGCGAGACAGGAACACGGAGAUAGAGCUGCUCUGUAACAGAGUUCAGCAGCUGGAGGAAGAGAACGGAGAGUCGAAGAUGAACAUGUGUCGGCUCAAGUCCCAGACAGAGAAGCUCGACCAGGAGAAGCAGCGGAUGACGGACAAGCUGGAGGACACCAGUCUGCGUCUGAAGGAUGAGAUGGACCUCUACAGGAAGAUGAUGGGCAAGCUGUGGCAGAACCGACACGAGUUCCAGAAGGAGAGGGAGGCCAUGCAGGAGUUGAUAGAGGACCUGCGUCGAGAGCUGGAGCACCUGCAGCUCUUCAAGCUGGAGACGGAGCACCCUGGCCAGGGGCGCGGCCUGUCCGAGUACAACGCCAAGACCCGGGAGAUCGAGCUGGAGCACGAGGCCAAGAGGCUCAAACAGGAGAACCACAAGUUGAGGGACCAAAACGACGACCUGAACGCCCAGAUCCUCAGCCUGAGUCUGUACGAGGCCAAGAACCUGUUUGCCUGCCACACCAAGGCCCAGUCGCUGGCCGCCGAGAUCGACAACGCCUCGCGGGAUGAGCUGGUGGAUGCUCUUAAAGAGCAGGAGGAGAUCAACUACCGUCUGAGGCAGUACAUGGACAAGAUCAUACUAGCCAUCCUGGAUCACAACCCCUCCAUCCUGGAGAUUAAGAGUUAGACACAAACACACACCGCACACCCUCAAACACACCUUAAUGCGUUUAAAACACACAAUCCACAACACACCACGAUCCACACUGGACCCACUGGGGCCCCACGGGCCGGGUUGUGGAACUGCAGUUCCAACCCUAAACAGACUCUCAUAGGACAGUGUUUACAGUUCACAAAUGUAAUUUGUUGAUCAAUCUGUCAAUCACUGUUCACAGUAAAAGCCCCUUUAGCCGUUUACCCUAUUUGGUACCAUAUGAUGGAAAAAAAAUGAUACAUUACCACUGAGAUGUAUGAUGGCAGGAUAAUGCGUUGGAAGAUGACACACAAAAAAAAGACAACAUUUUCAUUUGAAGUUAUGUAGACUACACACUACCUCUGGGUUGGCUAAUGUCAGUAUUAUUGUCCGAUAAUGUAUUAUAUUAUUAUUUAUUCCCACAAAAUGUGACUAUUGAAGACAAGUGUGUGAUUGGGCAGCCUACCAUUUGCAGACAUGGUUAAUAUGGGGGUUUCAAAUUCCUCUUAGUGACUAGAGAUGAUUGAGAUUACAAACAUGAAGGUUAUUGGUGAUUUCGGGUUUGCAUGGUGUUCUGAUGGUGAGGUGUCAUGUUAUGGAAACCGUUUUGUCCUGGCCCAAGUUCAGAAAAGCCGUUUCGAGUUGGUCACGUUGCUUGAUGGUAUUGGCCAUAUUUCUGGGAUGGGUUUGGCUUUGUGAGUACCUGGAGCAGGCUACCAUGUGGGGGCUGAUGUGGGACGUUGGUUUCUGAAUGCUAAAUACACACGUACGUGGAAUCUGGAUAGCCCAAAGCCGGAGACCACGGUGUUAGGGGACCAAGAUCAGGGCUCAGUGACAGCGUGGCGGGGACCAUGGGUGUGUGCGAACACUGUGGAGUGGCUUCCUCUCCUCGUCUCCUCUCCUCGUUGACUUUCCUUUCUUUCUGAUUUGGUCAAAUGGUAGGGUUCAAAGCUAGGACGCAUGCUUGUUUGGGUAUGUCCUCUACCCUUGUCAGGUCAGUGCAGGUCAAGGAAUGAUCAUCAGGAAAGGAGGAUAAAACGGAGACACACCCCAAAUCCUACUCUCUUAUAUAAUUUGAUUUCACUACCCCAGCUUUUCUCUGGAUGCGGAGAAUAAAGUUUUGUUGUGCUUGUGAUGCACAGUGGCCUGUUGGGAACGGUUAAGGCUGGUUGUGUGACUUGUUUAUAAUGACUUGACUAAAAGGUGAUUGAAGCCUGGUUCCUUGUGAGUGUAGUGAACACCAGAACCGCCUUGCACUCGUGGGCCAUGUAUAGUUACAGCAUAACUGGUCAAGGUGAACUUGGAAUAUAAUGCUGAUGGGGGAUAAAACAAUUGAGACAAAAAAAGUUAUUUUGAGGACAGCAUUAGAACCUAGAGAUAAAUGUUUAUUUUUCAUACAAAUCUGCUAUAAUGGAUUUUUUGUGGAGCUCUAUGUUUAUGCAUACUCAUUGUCAAUACUUUGGAUUUCAUAUCUUCGACAGAGCAGAUCAAGGCCGAGUCUGUUUACAGUCAGGACGCUUCCUUCCCUAAUCUCCUUCCUUCACAACACACUUGUCGAGAGAUGUUGUCAUGUUUAAAGAGUCCUUCAGAGACAAAGGAAGACAAGUCAAAUCAUUAAGACUGCUACAUUAGGAGUUCCCACUGAAAUUCCUGUCAUCUCCUACUCUGUCUGUGACUCCGUACGAGACACAAACCUGUCUGUAACAAACACCAUGAAAUGGAUAACAGCUGUGACAAAAAACAUUAGAUGUAGUGUAUAGUGGUUAGGGUUAAAGGUCAUUGUCAGGGGUAUACAGCUCCUUUGUGAAGGUCAUGAAUGUACAUCACUUCAUACAUUAUCUUGUAGAUUUCACAUAGCUAGCCCCGACUUCAGGUGCAUCACAGCAUAUGAUCUAUGAUUGUGUCGCUAUAGCUAAGAAGCAGCGAAUAGUGAGUUGCUGUACACACAGACACACACAAACACACCCUGUUUUGUCCCACACACAACCAUUUGUGCAAUGAAGCAAAACUAGUUAUGAUUAACUGUUUUGUAUUGUUUCUUUCUGUGCAUGUGUUAAUGGUUUCCUUGGUUUGUGCCUUUGUACAAUAGAUGUCUGACACACACACACAUCUGUUUUUUCUGGCCACUUUGAUUUUGUCUAUCGAUGUGAGUGAGCUUUCUAACACAUUGUAGCAUCUUUUUUUCCUACAUUGUAAAUGUUGUACAUAAUCUAGUUACUAUUUGUAUUUAUGUGCCACUCAUCAAACUUAUUGAAGAAAAAGGCUGUCUUUUAUACAGUUUUAUGAUGAAAAAGAGCAAAAUAUAUAUAUAUAUAAAUCUAGAGAUUAUAUGUGUGACCUGGAAAUGUAUAGCACACUUAAAUGAUGUUGUCAUAGCUACUGUAUGUACUUGGGUCCUCAACUUCUAACAGUUGUCUGUAACUCUGAGAAGAGCAGAGACUCAGUUUAGCCCUAGGACUUGAACAGUCUUUAGACACAAGAUGUAGUGAGAUGUAGUCACCUCGCACUAAGAUCACUGAUGUUAUUUUCUUUGCUCAUGUACUGGUCCUACAGUGAGUGAUAUGUUGUACAAACUUGAACAUGUAAAUAAAAAUCAAUUUGCUUUGG